AUGACUGGUCAAGAGAUCUCACCUGGCACGGUUAUUACGUUGACCGACGGACGGCAAGCUACUGUUCGUUUCAUCGGUCUCACCCACUUCGCGAAUGGAGAGUGGAUUGGUGUCGAAUUGACCGACGCCACGGGUAAGAAUGACGGCGAGGUUCAAGGAGAGCGUUACUUUCAAUGUGACCCAGGAUUUGGCAUGUUCAUCCGUCCAACUGCCAUUGGUACGGUGAUUCAACAACCGUCGCGGGAGAGUAAACAAACCGCCAGACCGGGCCCCAAUGCGACAUCCGGCAGACAAUCUCAGGCAGGGACAACUGCAGGUGUACGGAAAACUGGCGCAUUGCCCCCGACAGCGAUCAGGCGGCAGAGCACAAAUGUAACUGGAACGCCGACCCCCGCGCCAAAGAUGGCCCCCCGACCAUCGCUGAGGAGUACCGUUUCGGCCGCCGGUCUAUCUAAGCGACCUUCGUUGCUCCAGGUGGCUUCCGCAAAAGCCUCAGAUGCCGGCGAAACGGGAACAAGUGGACCAUCAGAAGGGCCGACUGACGCAGAGUCUCUGGACAACGAAGAAGGAAGCCCUCGAGAUGAAGAAGCUGUGCCAACUCCUGCGCCGGCAGCUGCGCCCGCGCCCAGGACAUCAAGGCAGUCUUUGACAGCUACCCGCUCUACGGCAUCUCGACCAGGAGCUGCGCCACCUACAACCCGCCAAACACAGAAUGCUGCCGCUACUGCUCGAGAACUGGAGGAACUCCAAACCAGGCUACGGGUCAUGGAGAAGAAACGGACUGACGACCGCGAGAAGCUUAAAAUGCUGGAGCAGCUACAGGCAGAGCGCGAUAAAUUUGAAUCGAUCAUUCAGAAACUUCAAGCCAAGUACCAACCACAGCAGAUGGAGAUGACGGAGCUGCGCAAAAACUUGAAAGAAACCCAAACUCGUCUUGAACAACUAGAGCGAAUGGAAGCCGAGCAUGAGUCUCUUAUGGAAAUGGCCACUCUGGACCGAGAAAUGGCAGAAGAGACUGCCGAGGCCUACAAGCACGAAUGUGAGACGAUUCGAUCGAAGUUGGAAGAGCUUCAAUUAGAAGUUGAAGUACUGCGAGAGGAGAAUGAAGAAUUUGGCCAGGUCACAAGUCCAGAAGAACGAUCUAGCCAAGGGUGGUUGCAGAUGGAAAAGGCCAAUCAGCGACUUCGUGAUGCUCUGAUACGACUCCGGGACAUGACACAGCAGCAAGAAUUGGAUCUCAAAGCCCAGAUCAAGGAGCUUGAAGAUGACUUGGAAGAGUAUGCAGCCGUGAAGGCUGAUUAUGAAGCCACAAAGGAAAAGCUUCUGGUCGCAGAGACCAAUGUCGACGACCUCAAGCAACAACUGGAAACCGCGUUAGGUGCCGAGGAGAUGAUCGAAGAACUAGCCGACAAGAACAUGCGUUACCAGGAAGAGAUCAAUGAGCUCAAGGCUGCCAUCGACGACCUUGAAGACUUGAGAGAGAUCAGCGAUGAGCUGGAGUCCACACACAUCGAGACUGAAAAGCAGCUUCAGGACGAGAUUGACUACCGUGAUACCCUUUUCACGGAGCAGCUUCGCAAGAUUGCGCAGCAGGACGAGGUGAUUGAGGAUCUGGAGUACACUCUGUCUCGCUUUAGGGAAUUGGUUACCAAUCUGCAGGGCGAUCUGGAAGAUAUGCGGGCAUCUCAACAGAUCACCGAGGCAGAGGCCACCGACCUCACCACCCGGUCACGAGCAAUGAUGGAUCUGAAUAUGAAGCUCCAGGCUUCCGUGUCAAAGGCGCAGACAAAGUCCAUUGAUGUGGAACUGAAUCGUAUGGAUGCGGAAGAAGCGGCUCAGCAUCUGGCGAUUGUUAAGCUCUACCUUCCCGAAUACUAUGAAGCGGAGCGAAACUCGGUUCUUGCUCUUCUGCGCUUUAAGCGUGUCAGCUUCAAGGCCAAUAUGAUGAACCAGACCGUCCGCGAGCGAAUUGCAGAGCAAUCAUCCAUCUCUACCCAGGAGGAGAUGCUGCACGCGCAUGAGGUAUCUGAGCAUCUCUUGUGGAUUUCUACUGUGUGCAAUCGCUUCGUGAACUACAUCAACGCUUGUUCGCCGGAAGAUUUCAGCAACAUCAAGGUGGCUUUGUUUGAGAUGGAGCCUGUCGAGCGUACCUUGAAUUUCUGGAUCGAAAAUCUCAAGAAAAAUGAAGUGAACUCCAAGAAAUUUGCAGUGGAGUUGCAGCGCUCUAUUGCCCUACUUUCACAUUUGGCGGAGACCCUUCUUCCUUCCACGCCGGAGAUGUUCGCCGAGGAGUUGUGCAUGCGAGCAAGUCUGUCCCAGUCGUAUUUUGACCAUAUGGCAGCUGUCGUUGCUCGGCUGAGGUCUUUGGUACACUCCAAACUUCCGGCCCCGGCAGAGGGUAGCGAAAUCAGUGAGGAGGAAUCUUUCGCUCUAAAGCAAUUGGACUCCUUUGUGUCUCAGGCCCGUGGAUUUAAGGUUGCCAUGGGCAAGGUCUAUCGCUCUCUUGAAGAUCUGCGCACCGGGUCUCUUGCGCUUUCCAAGGAGGCGGAUGAGCCAUUCUGCACCAUGGAGACUUCGACAAAGCAGCUGUCGGAGCUUGCUCGCAAGAUGUGCGAAGGCGUCAUUGCUGCCACUAGUGACGAGGGCCGUACCGAGCCUUACACCAUGGAAGAGAUCUUAGAUGGCAUGUCUCAGGCGACCGCAGCCUCUGCGCAGCCUUCUGAUGGCAUCUCCGAAUCCGAUGACCCUAUGUCAUCGCUGAUCAACAGACUGCGUGACGUGGGCGCCCACAUUGAAGAGCUAGACACAAUUGCAGGUGAUUUCUCUCGCACGGCCGAGUUUGAGAGGGGAGCUUCCCCCUGGAUCGCCCGGUCAGAGGAACUGAAGUCCAACAAGACGAUCUCGCCGGAUGCUGACGAGGAGAUUCGUCGCCUCAAGAAUGAAGUUCAUGAAGUUUCCACCGCCCUCGGAGUGAAAGACAACACUCUCGAAGAACGAGGCAUCAAGAUUGAACUUCUAGAAUCACGCAUGCGGGAAGCAUCUAAAAAGGCUGCGAUGGUAAAGGAUCUUGAAACCAAGAUUGAAGAGUUCCAAGCAAUAAGCUCAGAACUUGAGAAGACCGUCGAGCUGCAGAAGAAAGAACUUCAAACUGCCGAGGCUGAACGCGAUGAAUUCAAAGCCCGUAUCGAAAGGAUGAAGCGCAUUUCUGGAACUGCGGGUGUCUCAACUCCCGGUGGCGGCAUCGUUAUUGACAAUGAGGCUUCGUUGGCGGCGAUGCAAGAGAAUGAGAACCUCCGCGCCGAAGUGCAAAACCUCCAAGCGGCAGUGCGUUUCCUGCGUGAAGAGAACCGUCGCGCGAAUCUUCGUGAUCCUUACUCGGUGCAGCGGACGACCGACAUGCACGCGUGGUUGGAUGCACCGCUCACCCGGGCUGCUCCAACACCGGAGCAGGAGAAGAUCCAGCGCACUGCCCUGGAGAGCCGGGACGUCCUCACACACCUGCUCAAGCUCACAAAGGACUCUCGAGUGUGCGAUUUGAAAUCCAGUAUGGUAUCAUCCACUGGCGAGGAGGGCUCCGCCAACCGUACCACAUGGCGUCCAUCAAAAUCUCGUCUUCGCUAUCAGGUCCUUCAACAACGUGAAAACUACGAGCACUGGUCCGAAUGGCGCGACGAGAUCGUUAACCACGAGCGCGAACAGGACCGACUUGCUGCUGCCAAGAGGGAACGUGCCUUCCGCGAUCGUAUGCCCAAGCACGCUCACAAGGCUUCUGUUGAGUUCCCACAAGGUCUCGGUCAUGGCAUGAUGGGCCGAGCAUGGCAGAUUCUGGGUAUGCAGAAUGGCCAUCGCAAGACUCCAUCAACCAGUGGUGUUGGUCCGGAGGAAGUGGAGAUUGUAUCCACGGAUUAA